AUGGAUUUGACGGAGCUGAGAAAGGCGGUGAUGGAGGCGGAGCUCGUCGACGCCCACGCACACAACAUCGUCUCUAUUGACUCUGCCUUACCCUUCAUUAGUGGCUUCUCUGAAGCCAACGGCGACGCCUUAUCCUACGCACCCCAUUCCCUCUCCUUCAAGGUAUGCGCACUGCUCUCUCUCCAGUCUCCGCCUCCCUUCAACGCUUCCCUGCUAUCUUACGCCUCUAGGCGCGGUCAAACUCAAGUCAACGACACUGAAUUAUCCGUUGAUUAUGAUCGUAUCAGAAAUUUGAAGGAUGUUGCCGAGCUCUAUGGGUGUGAGAAGACCUUGCAUGGAGUUGAAGUACAUCGCAGACUCGCCGGAUUGCAGUCGAUUAGCUCCACUUGCUUCAGAGCUGCAGGAAUCUCCGCCAUUCUCAUUGAUGAUGGGUUGAGGUUGGACAGAAAGCAUGAGAUAGAUUGGCAUAAGAAUUUUGCACCUGUUGUUGGAAAAAUUUUGAGAAUUGAACAUCUGGCUGAGGAGAUUCUUAAUGAAGAAUUGCCCGUUGGAUCUUCUUGGACAUUGGAUUUUUUCACCGAAAUAUUUGUUGGAAAGUUGAAGUCAUAUCCUUUUAUUGGUGCUAAGAUUUUUGGCUUGAAAAGCAUAGCUGCAUACCGCAGCGGGCUGGAAAUUAAUACAAAUGUCACUAAGAAGGAUGCUGAGGAAGGUCUAGCUGAGGUUUUACAUGCUGCAAAGCCUGUUCGCAUAUCGAAUAAAAGUUUUAUCGACUAUGUCUUCAUUCGUAGUUUGGAGGUUGCUCUACUUUUUGACUUGCCGAUGCAGAUACAUACAGGUUUUGGCGACAAAGAUUUGGAUAUGCGGCUAUCCAAUCCUCUUCAUCUUCGGGAUGUGCUCGAGGACAAGAGAUUUUCUAAAUGCCGUAUAGUUCUUUUACAUGCAUCCUACCCAUUUUCAAAAGAAGCAUCAUAUCUAGCCUCCAUUUAUCCCCAGGUGUACCUUGACUUUGGUUUGGCUGUACCUAAGCUCAGUGUCCAUGGGAUGAUAUCUUCAGUCAAAGAACUUUUGGAGCUAGCUCCAAUUAAGAAGGUGCAAAAAAAAGCACGUGAAGUUGUAUUUUCUGUCCUACGUGAUGCUUGUGCUGAUGGUGAUCUCUCAAUUCCUGAAGCUAUUGAGGCUGCUAAAGACAUCUUUUCGCAAAAUGCAAUUCAGUUUUACAAGAUUAAUUAUUCUGUCAAAUCCUCUGGGUCAGAGAAUCGUGUAUCUCCUAACUUUGUGAAAGUGAACGGUAAUGACUCAGAAGAUGAUGUCUUAUUUGUUCGUGUUAUCUGGUCUGAUGCUUCCGGACAACAAAGAUGUCGUGUUGUUCCUAAAAAUAGAUUCAAUUAUGUUGUUACAAAAAAUGGCAUUGGUUUGACUUUUGCUUCUAUGGGAAUGACUUCAUUCACUGAUGGUCCGGCUGAUGAGACUAAUUUGACUGGAGUGGGUGAGAUCAGACUCAUGCCUGAUUUAUCGACUAAAUGGAGAAUCCCAUGGAUAAAACAAGAGGAAAUGGUUUUGGCUGACAUGCACCUAAAACCAGGUGAAGCAUGGGAAUACUGCCCAAGAGAGGCCUUACGCAGGGCUUCAAAAAUUUUGAAAGAUGAAUUUAACUUGGUAAUGAAUGCAGGCUUUGAAAAUGAGUUUUUUAUCUUGAAAAGUAUACUAAGGGACGGGAAGGAAGAAUUGGUGCCAUUUGACUCAACACCCUUCUGCUCCACAUCAUCAUAUGAUGCUGCUUCCUAUUUAUUUCAUGAAGUUAUUCCUGCUCUCCAUUCCUUGAAUAUUACUGUUGAACAGUUACAUGCAGAAUCUGGAAAAGGACAAUUUGAGAUGGCGCUGGGGCACACAGCUUGUAUGCAUGCUGCUGACAACUUGAUUUAUACCCGUGAAGUUAUUAGGUCGAUUACAAGGAAGCAUGGGGUUGUUGGCAACUUUUAUGCCAAAGUAGGUGAAUUCUGGCCUAUGGAGACUCAAUGUUUAACUUGGCUGAACAUUACUUCUUACCUGACAGCUGAUGAGCUGUAUGCUCUAGAUGAAAUUGGCUCUGGAGCCCAUGUGCAUAUCAGUUUGUGGCAGAAUGGACAAAAUGUAUUUAUGGGAUCUGAUGGAUCCUCUCGGCAUGGAAUGUCCAAGGUUGGGGAGGAAUUCUUGGCUGGGGUUCUACAUCAUCUUCCUGCAAUUUUGGCAUUUAUAGCACCAAUUCCAAAUAGUUAUGACCGGAUACAACCUAACACAUGGAGUGGAGCAUACAAGUGCUGGGGAAAAGAAAACAGAGAAGCUCCACUAAGAACUGCGUGCCCACCUGGAAUUCAACAUGGUUUGGUGAGCAACUUUGAGAUCAAAUCAUUUGAUGGGUGUGCAAAUCCACACUUAGGCUUGGCUGCAAUACUUGCUGCUGGCAUUGAUGGUCUUAGGAAUCAUCUUUCUCUCCCAGAACCUAUUGAUACAAAUCCUUCUAGCCUUGACGCAGAACUACAAAGGUUGCCAAAAUCACUUUCUGAAUCUUUAGAAGCUCUAGAGGAAGACAAUGUCUUCACAGAUUUAAUUGGUGAAAAGCUAUUGGUCGCCAUAAAGGGGAUCCGCAAGGCGGAGAUCGAUUACUACUCAAAUCACAAAGAUGCAUACAAGCAACUUAUAUACCGCUACUGA